UUAUUUAUAGUAUGUACAAAAUCAAAUACAAAUUGGAUGGGUUAUUAAAAGUAUAUUUCUAUCAUUUAAUGUGUUUAAAUUUACAUCGCAUCUGCAGAAAACGUUUGAGUUAUUUUUAAAGGGGAAAAAUGGCUGAUUUCUUAGACUCUGAAGCUGAGGAAUCCGAGGAGGAGGAAGAGCUGGAAGUGCACGAAAAAAAGAAACUGAAAAAAUUAAAAGCAAUGGCAGAUAGCAGUGAAGAGGAAGAAGAAGACGAUGAUGAACGAUUACGCGAAGAACUUAAGGACUUAAUUGAUGACAAUCCCAUAGAAGAAGGAAGUGAUGGGGAGGAUUCCGAUGUAUCAAACUCUUCCAAAAAAAGAAAAAAACAUGAAGACGAUGACGAUUUGGAUGAUCGGUUAGAAGAUGAUGAUUAUGAUUUAAUUGAAGAAAAUUUAGGUGUAAAAGUUGAAAGGAGGAAACGUUUUAAACGCUUGAGACGUAUACAAGAUGAAGAAAGUGAUGGAGAGGAAGAUAAUGUCGAUGAAGGUCUAGCUAGAGAAGCUAUUGCAGAGCAAUUGUUUGACGACGAUGAGAAUGUUGAAAGGCGUUCAGAGCAUAGUCAUAGAGAACCUGAAAAUUUUGAAGAGGAAGAAGAAGAUUCAGAUUCGGAUGCGGAUGAUUUUAUUGUUGAUGAUGAAGGUCGUCCAAUUGCUGAGAAAAAAAAGAAGCGGAAACCAAUUUUUACGGAUGCAUCUCUCCAAGAAGGACAGGAUAUUUUUGGGGUUGACUUUGAUUAUGACGACUUUUCUAAAUACGAGGAAGACGAAUAUGAGGAUGAUUCUGAUGGAGAAGAAUAUGAUGAGGAAGCAGGAGAGGAUGAUCGAGGAAGAGUUAAGAAAAAAUUAACAAAAAAACUUCCGAAAAAAACAAUUUUCGACUUAUAUGAACCGAGUGAACUAAAAAGGGGUCACUUUACAGAUCUUGAUAAUGAGAUUAGAAAAACUGAUAUUCCUGAACGUAUGCAAUUAAGGCAAAUACCUGUAACUUCAGUUCCUGAAGGAUCGUCCGAGCUAGACAAUGAAGCGGAAUGGAUAUAUAAGCAUGCUUUCUGUAAACCACCAGUAUCGCAAAACGAUAAAGGCGAAUCAAAUCGGGAAAAAAAUAAAAAACCACCUAGUGCGAUAGGGAAGAUCAAGCAAGCUUUAGAAUUUAUUAGAAACCAGCAAUUAGAAGUCCCAUUUAUAUCAUUUUAUCGCAAGGAGUACGUUAAGCCAGAGUUAACAACCGAUGAUUUAUGGAAGAUUUAUUACUAUGAUGAACGCUGGUGCCAACUACUUAAUAGGAAAAAUAAACUAUUAAUACUUUUCGAGAAAAUGCGCAACUACCAAAUCAGUGAAAUAAUGAAGAAAACAGAAAGUGACUUGCCUGAAGAUAUUCGCCUAAUUAAAGAUGAUGAUUUGGAACGUUUGCGUGACGUUCAAAGUAUGGAAGAAUUAAAGGACGUUCAUAUGCAAUUUCUUUUGUAUUAUUCUCAUGAAAUACCAAAAAUGCAAGAGGAAGAGAGGAAAAAAGAAAGAGAACUGAGAAAACAACAAAGACGAGAACAAAGACGUCAAGAAAUGGAAAAUAGCGAGCAGCCAUCAGAAGAAAUUAAUUCGGACAAUGAUAGCGAAGAUGAGCCUGAAGUUCUUGAAGAACACUUAAAACAAGCUAAAGAUUCCGGACCAUAUGCAAUGUGUCGUAAGGCUGGUAUUUGCGGUUUUGCCAAACAUUUUGGAUUGUUCCCGGAACAGUUUGCCGAAAAUGUACGAGACGGAUACCAGAGACAUGAAGUCGAUCAACAACAGAUAUGUCCAACUGAUUUGGCAAAACAAUAUUUAUGUCCUAAAUUUAUGACAAUUGAUGAAAUCAUACAUGCUGCAAAGUUUGUUGUUGCUCGUCAGCUUUCCAGGGAGCCUCUUUUAAGAAAAACAGUUCGAGAAGUUUAUUUUGAAAGAGCAAAACUUAACGUUCGUCCCACCAAAAAAGGAAUGAAAGAAAUAGAUGAGAAUCAUGCCUGUUACCCAAUGAAAUAUUUGUCAAAUAAACCUAUCAGAGACUUAGUUGGAGACCAGUUCCUCAGACUAACUAUGGCUGAAGAAGAUAAUCUUAUUACCAUCAACAUAGCCGAUGAAAUUGAAGGAAACACUUCAAAUUCUUAUAUUGACGAGGCAAAACAACUUUAUCAACGUGAUGAAUUUUCUAAAGUCGUACAAGAUUGGAAUUCCAUUCGAGCUGAAUGUGUUGAAUUAGCACUUAAAAAAAUGAUUAUACCAGACUUAAAGAAAGAAUUAAAAGUUAUUAUUUUGGCCGAAGCAAAGGAAUAUGUCUUAAAGUCUUGUUGUACUAAAUUAGCGAACUGGCUGAGAGUUGCUCCCUACAAACCUGAAAUUUCUGAUGACUAUACCUUUGAUGAUUGGGGUUCAGUAAAAGGAAUACGUGCAUUGGGUCUUGCAUAUGUCCCCGAUUAUUCUCAGGCUGCUUUUUGUGCAAUAACAAAUCCAGAAGGUGAUGUAAGCGAUUACUUACGUUUGCCACACAUACUCAAACGAAAAAAUUCAUACCGAAGUGAGGAGAAAUCAUUAAAAAUGUCAGAUAUUAGAAAUCUUAAAGAAUUUAUUCGUAAUAAGAAACCGCAUGUUGUAGUUAUUGGCGGUGAAUCUAGGGAGGCUCAAAUGAUUCAAAGUGAUAUACGGGAAAUCAUCAAGGAACUCGUCGAUGAAGAACAAUUCCCUGAAAUUGCGGUCGAAAUUGUUGAUAAUGAACUUGCAAAGAUUUAUGCAAAUUCUCAAAAGGGUGCAUCUGACUUUAAAGAAUAUCCAACACUUUUAAAGCAAGCAGUUUCUUUAUCUCGAAAAAUUCAAGAUCCACUUUUAGAAUACUCCCAACUUUGUGGAGCUGAUGAAGAAAUUUUAUGUUUGCGUUAUCACUCAUUGCAAGACCAGCUGAGUAAAGAAGAACUAUUAGAACAUCUUUACAUUCAAUUUAUAAAUCAAACCAAUGAAGUAGGUGUAGACAUAAAUAUGGCAGUACAAAACUCGUACACAUUAAAUUUGGUUCAAUUUAUAUGUGGAUUAGGUCCCAGAAAAGGAGCUGCAUUAAUAAAAAUACUUAAACAGUCUAACCAAAGACUAGAGAAUAGAACACAACUUGUAACAUUGUGUCAUUUAGGACCAAAAGUUUUUAUAAAUUGCUCUGGUUUUAUUAAAAUUGAUACUAGUUCCCUAGGCGACAGUACGGAAGCGUACGUUGAAGUACUUGACGGCUCCAGAGUACAUCCGGAAACAUAUGAAUGGGCCAGAAAAAUGGCAAUAGAUGCAAUGGAAUAUGAUGACGAAGAAACUAAUCCUGCCGGGGCUCUUGAAGAAAUUCUUGAAAGUCCAGAGAGAUUGAAAGAUCUCGAUCUCGACGCGUUUGCUGUAGAAUUAGAGCGCCAGGGAUUUGGAAACAAAAGUAUAACAUUAUACGAUAUAAGGUCGGAAUUGAAUUCAUUAUAUAAAGAUUUUCGAGUUCCAUACCGUUCACCGAACUCUGAAGAAUUAUUUGACAUGUUAACUAAAGAAACACCAGAAUCAUUUUAUGUUGGUAAAAUGGUGUUGGCAACUGUUGCAGGCAUUUCACACCGUAAGCCUCAAGGCGAACAACUCGAUCAAGCAAAUCCAGUUAGAAAUGAUGAAACCGGUAAUUGGCAAUGUCCGUUCUGUCUUAAAGAUGAUUUCCCUGAGCUGUCUGAAGUUUGGAAUCAUUUUGAUGCUGGAGCAUGUCCAGGUCAAGCGACAGGAGUUAAAUUACGCCUUGACAAUGGCAUAUCUGGUUUCAUUCAUAUAAAGAACUUAUCUGAUAAACAUGUAAAAAAUCCAGAAGAUCGUGUUCAAUCUGGUCAAGCAAUUCAUGUUAGAAUUAUUAAAAUUGACGUUGAUCGCUUUUCAGUUGACUGUUCGUCUAAGAGUUCAGAUUUAAUGGACAAAAAUCACGAAUGGCGCCCGAGAAGAGAUGCAUUUUACGACUAUGAACAAGAAGAAAAAGACAAUGCAAAGGAAACUGAUCAGAAACAGGUCCGAUCCAAACAACAAUACGUUAAAAGAGUUAUUAUACAUCCAUCCUUUCACAAUAAAUCUUAUGCUGAAGUUUUAAAAAUAAUGGAAUCAAUGGAUCAAGGUGAAGUAGUUGUACGGCCAUCAAGUAAAGGUUCAGAUCAUUUAACUGUUACUUGGAAAGUUACCAACGAUAUUUAUCAGCACAUAGAUGUGAGAGAAGAGGGUAAAGAAAAUGCAUUUAGUUUAGGACAGAGUUUACUUAUUGGAAAUGACGAAUUUGAAGACUUGGAUGAAAUUAUCGCGAGACAUGUAAACCCAAUGGCUGCUUGUGCUCGUGAGUUAUUGACAUACAAAUAUUAUCGUGAUACAGGUGGCGGCUUAAAAGAUAAAAUGGAAGAGCUCCUAAAAGAAGAAAAAUUAAAAGACCCAAGAAAGAUUCAUUACUUUAUAUCUGCAUCAAAAAAUUACCCAGGAAAAUUUUUACUAUCAUAUUUGCCAAAAACAAAAUGCCGUCAUGAGUAUGUAACUGUUGUACCAGAAGGUUAUAGAUUUAGAGGGCAAGUAUUUGACUCGUUAAACGGCUUUUUAAAAUGGUUUAAAGAUCAUUAUUCCGAUCCAAUUGUAUCGAAUACACCAAUGUCUACACCCCAUACUAACUCGAGUGUGCGGAUAAGUGCGGGAUACGACACACCAAGAAACAACGAUUCGAAGUCUUCAUCUCAACAUAUGUCACAAAGUAUUGCAGCUCAUACUCCGCAUUUUUCAAGUACGCCAGGAUACCACGGAGGUUAUGUAAAUACUCCCUAUACUCCUAGUGGCCAAACACCAUUUAUGACACCCUACGCAACUCCACACACAUCACAAACUCCUCGAUAUGGCAAUACUACCCCAAGUCCUAGUUCCGCAACUUCGCACAUUAAUUACGGACAUCAGUCGCAUAAUAUGAAAAAUGUAAAAGGCACAUCUUAUCAUGGAGCAUCUCCAAGAAGUAUAGACAUGAACUCCCAUAGUAAAAAUAAUCGUUCUCAUCGCAACAACAACGAAAGUCUCGAAUGGAAAAUAGCAUCGGAUUCAUGGGCUAGAAGAAAACGUCCCGUUAUGCCACCUACGCGUACUUUUACAAAUGAUUCCACUAGAUCUUCAAAUUAUUGUAUGCCUCAAACAGGCAAUGAUUAUUCUCAUCAAGCUUCUCACCAGUAUGUGGAUGACCAUCGACCUAGAGUUGUCGAAUAUCAAAAAAGUCCUAGAUCCAUACGUAGCACUCCACGCACAAAUACUUCCCCACAUUCUAUGAAUUUAGGUGAUUCGACUCCGCUAUAUGAUGAAAAUUAAAUCAUAUUACUAAAUUUAAACACUAUAAUUAAAGUCUAAUUUUAUUUUAUUUAUGUUACAAUAUGUAUAUAAAUAUUUAAACAUUUCUGUCUUUUUUUACCCAAGGCUUAGCAAAAGUGUUCCAAAGUCAAUAAAGAUUAUGUUUUAAACUAAAACACAAUUCAUUAAAGGCA